AUGACAGUGAAAUGCAAAAGAGUUCAAGGUCCAUCUCUGGUGGGAGCUGUAAAGAAGGACUGGGCUUCUCCAAACAGCAUCGCUCUCUCCUGGCAGCAGCCCGAAGAAACAACACUUCCCAUCAUUGACUAUGAAGUCAAAUAUUAUGAAAAGGAACAAGAGCAGUUGAGCUACUCGUCAACACGCACCAGAGCUCCCAGUGUGAUCGUCUCGGGUUUGAAGCCGGCAACCUGGUACAUCUUCAGCGUUCGCACCCGGACUGCCGGUGGAUUCAGCUCCUACUCUCCAAAAUAUGAAUACCAAACUACAGGUGACUCUUCAGACAUCGCUUCUGAUCAGGGCCAGGUGUUGGUCAUUGUAACAGCAGCAGUCGGCGGUUUCACCCUUCUCAUCAUCCUCACGCUCUUCCUCCUCAUCACUGGAAGGUGCCAGUGGUACUUCAAGGCCAAGAUGACCUCGGAGGACAAAAGACGGACCGACUAUCAGAACGGACACGUCCCUUUUCCGGGAAUAAAGGCGUAUGUGGACCCCGACACAUACGAGGAUCCCACACAGGCCGUCCACGAAUUCACUAAAGAAAUCGACCCGUCCAGGAUCCGCAUUGAGAGGGUGAUCGGAGCAGGGGAAUUUGGCGAGGUGUGCAGCGGCCGCUUGAGAACGCCGGGCAAAAAGGAGAUUGCGGUGGCAAUAAAGACGCUGAAAGGAGGCUACGUAGAACGUCAACGGCGGGACUUCCUGCGGGAGGCGUCGAUCAUGGGCCAGUUUGACCAUCCCAACAUCAUCAGACUGGAAGGAGUGGUCACCAAAAGCAGGCCUGUGAUGAUCGUAGUAGAGUACAUGGAAAAUGGGUCGCUGGACUCGUUUCUUAGACAACACGACGGUCACUUCACAGUCAUCCAGCUGGUCGGCAUGCUGCGUGGCAUCGCCGCGGGCAUGAAGUAUCUGUCAGACAUGGGCUACGUUCACCGAGACCUGGCAGCCAGAAACAUCCUGGUCAACAGCAAUCUGGUGUGCAAAGUGUCAGACUUCGGCCUGUCCCGGGUGCUGGAGGACGACCCGGAGGCUGCGUACACCACAACGGGGGGUAAGAUCCCGAUCCGAUGGACGGCUCCAGAGGCCAUUGCAUACAGAAAGUUUUCCUCGGCCAGCGAUGCGUGGAGUUACGGCAUAGUCAUGUGGGAGGUGAUGUCUUACGGAGAGCGGCCCUACUGGGAGAUGUCCAAUCAGGAUGUGAUUCUGUCCAUUGAAGAGGGCUAUCGGCUGCCGGCACCGAUGGGCUGCCCUGUGGCCCUGCACCAGCUGAUGCUGCACUGCUGGCAGAAAGAGAGGAAUCAUCGACCGAAGUUCGUGGAUAUCGUUUCCUUCCUGGAUAAACUAAUUCGUAACCCCAGCAGCCUGCUGCCGCUGGUAGAGGACCUCCAGAGUCUACCAGAAUCCCCGGCGGAGGACAUGGAUUACCCAAUGUUCAUCUCUGUUGGCGACUGGCUGGAUUCUAUAAAGAUGACUCAGUACAAAAGCAAUUUUAUGGCAGCAGGCUUCAACACAUUGGAUUCUGUGGCGAGGAUGAGUAUUGAAGAUGUGAGGCGUAUUGGAGUGGAGCUGAUCGGCCACCAGAGGCGGAUCAUCAGCAGCAUACAGACCCUUCAGUUUCAGCUGCUGCACGAACAGGAGAAGGGCUUCCAUGUAUGAGGACGCCCGUUUUUGUUGCAGCCUGGGACGGACAGGUAGUCGAGACAGGAGGAAGUGAAGUCUAACCCAGCCAAGGGACGGUCUACAGCCUGUGCCUGAGUGUCGAGUCCUCAUCUCAUGCAGGACGUCAUUGAAAGGACUAUUCCAGCGUAAAUCUCCCUGGUCUCCUACUCUUCCCUUUGGACUUUUUUUCUACUGAAAACCCCUCACGUCGUACACCUGGUUCUGCCAGACUACUCCAGCCUGAUUGACUCCACAGACUGGCCCAGGCCCUCACUUAGGGGAAUGUAAUGCCUUGUUGCAACAGCCGUACUUUUUGUGUGUGGAGCAACAAUACUAGAAAUGUAGAUUUGCAAAUGUAAUCUACCAAAUCUUUGGACUUUGUUUUCUUUUUCUUGCUCAUGUAGCUGCUAUCGGGUGUGCAAUCUAUCUGUUUUUGUCCUUUUUAAAAGAGAAAUAACCUCAGUAUUUUUUAGUUUAGUUUAUUUAAUAUAAAGGUUUAUUUGGAUUGUUUUAGUUACCUGAUGUCCAGAGAAUCUGGUACACUAAUACUUGAAGGAAGACGUGAAAAGUACGUUAUAGAGAUUUACUGAAUGUUUAAAAGUGUAUAGACAGUUAAUUAUUAUUAUAACCUAAUAUCAAUAUAUGUGCAGUCGUGUAUGUGAAAGCCCUAGUAAAUCUGGAACUUAUUUAAAUGUUUUAUUUAUUUAAAAGAUUUUUUUUUUUUUAUCUAAAUCAGCAAUACAGUCUUAUGCAGUCACCUCAGCAUCUCUGUGGGAGAUGAAUCAUGAAACGACAGACUUCCACCGGUUCCUAAUGUCUUGCAGAAAAAUCACCCUGCAGGUCUGACGGUUUUUAGCAACCAGUGUAGACACAGUCGUGUGAUCAACUUUACUUGGUUUUGUUUCGCUUUUGAUUGUGAAUGUUAAACAUUGCCUGAAAAACUCCACAAACUCCACUGUCUUACUAUAUGAAUGUUCACAGAAUUUAGAUAUUUCCAGUUGCUUUUCUUCAUCUGGAGAGCUAACGCGGACUCACACGGUUCUUCCUGUCGCAUCAUGUCGUUUUGCCUCAACACACACACUCAAACACAGCCAAAAACCUACAAAAUUCCCCACUUUUGAUUUGAGUUCUACAACUAACUCGGCUUGUGAGGACGGAGGAGACGGAGACAAUUUCUGGUAGAUUUAAACAAAUGCUUGUGCUUACUUUGUGGUCAUGUGAAGAUUGUAGCAAUUGUGGCAGUAAGCUUAGUCUGAUAUGAAGAGGGAAUAGAUAUGUUGGCAGAGAAUAACUAAUAUUACGAUUGUUUGGCCAAGGAGAAAGAGAGGUGCGCAACAUAAGCAGCAGCAUCAUAAUUCAUCUUGUGUCAUUUUAGCAUGAGCAGGAACACACAAACACACACAGAAUGCCUUACAGUCUGUUAGCCAUGCAAGCCAGAAAGUCUUUAUAGAAGCUCACAAGUGCAGUCACAGGACCUAGUUUUGUUUUGUUUUUCUUUGAAUUGUAUGACAUUAAUUAUCUGCAGCUUUUAUAACUCACAGAUUAAACCCAACUGGAUCUGGAGAUGUGUGCCUUUUGGGUCACAGCGAGGUCGGUCAUGCACACACACACACACACACACACUCACCCCUCUACAUGACUUCUGAGAUUAUCAGAUGCUGUUUGUUUAGCAUGUUCUACUGCUGAGCAAUGUUAGAACGUUCUUUUGUACAAAGUACAAGUAUACUUAUUAUAAUUCUUGUAUUUUAUUUUUCUAUCAUUUCCAAAGAGAUGUUGUAGAUCUUGCACACUGUAAGAGGCAGUUACAGCGGAUAUUUAUUUGCAAAUAAAGAUGAACGGUUCUGAUGG